AUGAUCUUUAUUAUUAAGAGCAAAGAGAAUAUGGUUGAAUAUCUUCAUUUCUUAGAAAUAUUUGAUUCAAAGAAAAAUUCUCUAGAAAUUGCAUUAUAAAUGUAUUAUAUGUAGUUGGAUAAGGAACUAAAUAUUUUUUAAGAAAUAAUUGGAUGUCUGAGCCAAUUAAUUAUUACAUGCUAAAUUAUAGAUUUUGUUAAUUAAUAAAAUUUAUUGAAACAUGUUAUGCUAAAAAUAAAUAAGAUUAUUGAAAUUGAUACUGUGAAUGAAUUUUAUUAAAGGUAAGUAUUUUUGAUUGAAAAGCACAGCAUUCAUGAUUCUCAAAUGGAUUAAUUUGUAAAAGCUUAAAUUUCAUAAUAAUAGGAGAUAAGAAUUUAACAGUCUAUGAUGAUGAUUAAGAUACAAAAUAAAGGAUUGAAAUCAUAAAUAAAUAAUAUCUAUGCUACGAACAUCUUAUGUUCAAGGAGUAUGUAAAUUUUAAUGUUUAAGAAAAGAAGUUUUAUAAAAACAUUGAAAUUAGGCUGUGAAUCUUAAAAUAGUAUUCAUGAUUAUAAAUAGAAAUGA